UUUCUUUUCGCCGUCGCAUGCUGUGAGACACUCGACAGCGAGUUUUUGUGACUUAUGUGAUGAAUCUGUCAAUUAGUUUCGUUUUCCCAGAAUAAACAGUCAUUUGGCUCAAAUUUUCAACUGAUAAAACAUGACAUCCCUUCAAGUUUGCUCGCACUUCUCGCUGCCGAUCACUUCGAACAGUGCUGACCGUCGUUCCUUGUCCAGCCUGGGCUUGGCGCCCCAGCUGAAGGAUCUCCAAGAAAUCGGUGCUUUCUCGUUAACUGGUCCCCUGCCGAACACAUUCCGUCGCAAGUAUCAUGACGAUCGCAGUGGACUGCGGGCAUUGCGGCGAAAGGGACCGGGACGCACUGUCAAAAACCUGUGCAUUGAUCUGAAUGUGGGCGCAGACCAGUUCCAGCCGCGACCGGAUCCUGACGAUCCCGAAACCAACGAGCAUUUGGACCAGCUGCUUACGUGGAUUAUGAAGCAUCCGGAGAAGUUCGACAGAAUUCGAUCAAAGGUGAACAUUGUCUGCAUGCGGAAACGGCUGUACGAAAUCAUGGUUACGCCAUAUGAGCGGAUGAAGGGUUGGGUCAUCUCGGCAUGCCGGAUUGAUGGGAUCAUUUAUUUGACCAAUUUCGAAACCGAAGAGGCCCGCAGUGAACGGUUGGGAAUGCACUCCGAUGCGUACAAAGCGUCGCAGUAUUGGGGGUACAAAUUUGAGCAGUUCAUGACCAACGACGAGAAAACCGCUGCAACAAUCCCACCGAAUCCUUACGAUGGAUUUUUAAGCAUUAUUUCCAGCAAACUUGGCAGUACUGGGAUGUUGUAUGCCGCGGAAAUCGAUUGUUAUGAUGCUGCAAAGCAGUCGAAGGGACCGUCCAGCUAUGUGGAAUGCAAGACGUCGCGUGGACUAACCGAUGCUGAUGGCCUGUCGAAAUUCUUGAAUGGGAAAUUUCGACGCUGGUGGGCGCAGAGCUAUAUCGGAGGUGUGCCGCUGAUCUGUAUUGGCUUCCGUAACGACGACGGCAUUGUCACCUAUACUGAUGAAAUGCCCACGGAUAUUGCCAAUUACAACACUUUGUACACGAAUAAACGCAUUAACUGGUCGCCAUCGGUCUGCGUGAAAUUUCUUUCCGAUUUCUUGGCACAUGUUCGUGACGUCGUUGUGGAGGAUCACACCAAAACGAUUUACAAAUUUGAAUGGAAUGUUGGUUGGAACAGUGUAAAGAUGCAAGCGUACGACGCGGAAACAUGCAGCUAUAAAUUCAUUCCGGAAUGGUUUACCAACCGACAGAUCUCGAAGGAUGACUGAGCGGCUUUCAAGCGUUUUGCAACUUUUGUUUAGGUCAGUUUUCAAUGCCCGCACUCGCACAUGUUUUAGUUUACAGAGUUUUUAUACAUAUAGAUCAUACUGAUCCAACACUUAUUUGAUGCACUAAUGUGAUAAUUUUUAAAUUGUAUCACUUGAAAUUUUGCAAGCUAGGAAUGGUAAAACUUGAGUUUAUAAGUAGAUCAAGCGAAGCGAAACAAUGAAAUGUUCUUCAGUCUCUUAGCGGAAAAGACAUUAAAAUUCACCGUUACUGUUUCGGAACAAAUUUUCUUUCUCUAAAUAACGGAAACUAGAACUCAAAAAAAUAAAAAAAACAUGGAAAAAGCGGUAAAUAAACUGGCAGAUUUAAAAGAUCAUAGCCACUCCGUUGCGCCAG